AUGGCUUUCGUAACUCCUGCCUACGUCCCCUCCAUGCCCUUUGAGGUUCCAGAUGACGUUCCGGUGCAGUCAUUUCUGCUCAAGGAUGACUCUCGGUAUGGUCGUCGCCCUCUAGCCCAAUCUAAGCCGCCCUUCACAUGUGGCGUAUCGGGCUUGUCAUACUCCGUAGCCGAGGUCUCCGAACGGGUCGAAUCACUGGCCAGGGCCUUGUCCCACAAGUUGUCCUUACAGGUCGACACUGGCAAUGAGCUGGACAAAGUGAUCAGCAUCUUCAGCGUCAACACGGCAAACUCAUUGGUCGUCUCAUGGGCAACACACCGGCUUGACGGCGUGUCCAAUUAUGCAAGCGCAACUUACACGGUGGCCGAGCUGGUGUACCAGCUUGAGAAAGUGAAGCCUCUCGCCCUGUUCACGUGUACUGCACUUCUGGACAAAGCCUACGAGGCGGCGGCGACGGUUGGCAUCCCGCGCGACCGCAUCUUUCUGCUUCCCACGCCUGUAUCGACUACAGGCCCCGCCUCCUUGCCAGUUGGCAUUGAGACUGUGGAUGAUUUGAUCAACGAGGGCAGAGGUCUCGAGCCAUUACCAGUGCAGCAGUGGCAGCGAGGCCGAGGCGCAAGUCAGGUGGCAUAUCUUUGUGGCUCAAGCGGUACCUCGGGCUUGCCUAAAUUCGUGAAGCUAUCACACAAGAAUGUCAUUGCAAACAUUCUGCAGAUUGCGACGUACGAAAAGAACCACAGAGGCGCCGACUCGGAGUACUGCCUGGGGCUGCUUCCAUUCAGCCACAAUCUGUCACUAAUCGCGGUGGCCCACCUGGCAGUCUACAGGGGCGAUGGCGUUGUCGUUCUCUCGUCGUUUGAGCUGCAAGACAUGCUGCAGGCUAUACAGGACUACCAGAUGGGACGACUGUGGUUGAUCCCUCCAGUCCUUAUGACUAUUAUCCGAGCUCGCGAUGUCGUCCGCAAGUACGAUAUUAGCAGCGUCAACACCGCUGUGGUGGGUGCAGCUAGCUUGUCCGAGGACAUUGCCGCAGCAUUCGACUCGGUCAUCCCCGGAUGCAAGCUCAUCCAAGGCUAUGGUCUCACAGAGACGACCGUGGCAGUCACUCUGACCAAUCCUGCAGAUGACAUGUUUUGUUCCUGUGGAUCCUUGCUGCCUGGCGUGGAGGGCCGUCUCGUCAAUCCUGACGGCUCCGAGAUCACAAAGCACGAGACUCCGGGAGAGCUACAAGUGCGCACUCCUACAGUGAUGCUAGGCUAUCUCAACAAUGACACCGAGACGAGUGCGAUGCUGACUCCGGACGGAUGGUUGCGGACUGGUGACCUUGUGGAGUUCCGCAAGAGCAAGAACGGCCACGACCAUGUUUUCUUUGUCGAUCGCAUGAAGGAGCUCAUCAAAGUCCGAGGCAUGCAAGUGUCCCCCACAGAGGUGGAAAACCAUCUGAUGGCACACCCAAAGAUUCUCACGGCGGUUGUCGUGCCCAUCCCAGAUGAGUUGGCGGGAGAAUUGCCGCUGGCUUUCAUCGUCAGGUCUCCCGAGGCCGAGGCGGAGAACGCGAACAUGCUCAAGUUGGAAAUUGACGACCACGUCAAAGGCGCACUGGCCGCGCACAAGCACCUCGCUGGCGGCAUCGAGUUUGUCGCGGCAGUCCCCAAAACUGGCAGCGGCAAGAUCCAGAGAAAGGUUCUAAAGGGCAUGGCACUUUCUAUUUGCAAGGCUAGGCAGGCAGCUAAAGAUCCCGUCAACGCUGCCGUGUUUGUCUUUGACUCGGACGGCUCAUCGGACUUCACGGACAGCGAUGAUGAUGACCUGAACGACGAAUCGUCUGAUGGAUUUGAUUAA